UGUUGCUUUUGUUUCCUAACCUAAACUCUAGUCUUGUCAUUUUCUCUAAUAAACUAUAACAUAAAUAUCUGUUUAUGGGGAACAGCAAAGUGAAGAAACAGUGUAUUGAAUGUUGUUUUGAAAUAACCGAAAUAAAAAGCCCGUCAAUAACAUCAGAGCCAUCCGAAACUUAUGUUAAAUACACGGCAUGUGAGGUGCCUGCUAGCCAGAACGAGCACAGUCACUACAUCUGUGAUGACAACGGAGAUGUAAAGUGUCUUCCUGGCUGGACAGGUGAUCUGUGUGAUGUCCCCAUCUGCCGUAAAGGCUGCGACCCACUGCAGGGUUACUGCAAACGUCCUGGGGAGUGUCGCUGCAAACUAGGGUUUUAUGGUGAACUCUGCAACAAGUGCAUUGCCUUGCCAGGUUGUCAACAUGGCUACUGCAAUAACAGCUUUGAAUGCAUCUGUGAGGAAGGCUGGGACGGGCUCUUCUGCUCGGAGCCAAUCUGCCGUCUGGACUGCCAUGCUACCAGGGGUUACUGCGAAUAUCCCAACGAAUGUCGGUGCCGCCUAGGUUGGUCCGGAGAGACAUGUAAGGACUGCCAGGUUUUGCCCGGAUGUCAACACGGAUAUUGUACUAAGCCUCUGGAGUGCCGCUGCAAACCCGGAUGGACGGGAAUACUUUGUCAGUCAGCGAUUUGCGCAGAAGGAUGCCACCGAGAACAUGGCUACUGCCGUAAACCUGGCGAAUGCAGAUGUAAAGUGGGAUGGUGGGGCAAGAACUGUGACCAGUGCUACGCCUACCCUGGAUGUCAGAACGGAGACUGCAAGAGACCCUGGGAAUGCAGCUGCAAGCCAGGCUGGGGUGGAAUGCUGUGUGACCAGGAGUUGACGUACUGUGACAACAACACUGAUGUGUGUGAGAACGGCGCUACUUGUGUCAGUCUGGCAGAGGAGGAUGGCAACUACCGGUGCCUGUGCGCCGAUGGAUACACAGGUCGCAACUGUGAGGUGCAGAAAAUGGUCCUUGGAGGAAUGGUAAAUUCCACAACUUCCACCUCAAAACCUACCGAAGCUUCCACUUCAGCCCCCGAAGCUUCCACCGAGGAGCCAGACGCAAUCAACGAAGCCGUCAAAUAAUGCAGCACUUGACACUAUUCUAUACUAAUGUGUGUUUAAAAUCAGUUGGUUCCACUAGUAAUAAACUUUAAUAUAUUUAAUAUAUUGCUCAACAUCUCAUUGAUAAAGUAUUUCACUUAUUGUUAACACAAAUAAAUAGGAGGAAUAAUUGAUAUAUUUACCAAGGUCACUAUGGAGGUUGAUACAUAAUUGUAGCCAAUAAAUAUUUUACUAACUUUUCAUGUAAACAUGAAUAAUUCGCCGGUGCCAAAGACAUUCUUUAUUUUUGUAUAAGUACAAAAGACUUAAGAGCUUAUAUUUAUAAUGUUUAGGUUAUUUAACGGCACAUGUUUUUUAAGCACUAUGUAGUAUUUAUUUUUAGAUCGCUUUUUAUUUAUUUCCUAUUAUUUAUAUACUGUUAGAGUAUUAAUAUUUAUUGCUUUUUGUGUAUUUAUAUAUGAAACUA